AUGUCACGUACAAGUAUAUCCCCAUAUUCCACAUCCUCUUCUUCUUCUCAAUCAAAACCAACAAAUAAUUUAUUAAAUCAAAAUAUAAUUAUGGAAGAAGAUUUAUUGCAAGAUGAAACUUUGUAUUUUGAAAGGAAUAGAAUUAAACAAUUAAAAGAUGAAAGGAGGGAUAUACAAAAGAAGACUUUUACAAAAUGGUGUAAUACUUAUUUAAGUAGAGCUCGUAUGGAAGUUCAAGACCUUUUUGCAGAUUUGGGGGAUGGUAUAAUGUUAUUAAAAUUUUUGGAAAUUAUAAGUGGAGAAAGUCUUGGAAAGCCUAAUCGUGGAAGAAUGCGUGUACAAAAAAUUGAAAAUAUAAAUAAAAGUUUAGAAUUUUUGAAACAAAAGAAAAUACAAUUAGAAAAUAUUGGGGCAGAAGAUAUAGCAGAUGGAAAUGAACAUUUAAUUCUUGGACUUAUUUGGACAAUAAUUUUACGUUUUACAAUAGAAAAUAUAGAAAUUGAAGCAAAAGAAUCGGGGGAAAGGAAACACGCAAAAGAAGCUUUGCUGCUUUGGUGCCAAAGAAAAACAGCUGGAUACCCAAAUGUUCGAAUCGAUAAUUUUUCUUCUUCUUGGCGUUCGGGAUUGGCCUUUUGUGCUUUAAUUCAUUCACAUCAUCCUGAAUUAAUUAAUUUUGAUGGACUUAAUACACAAGAUCCUUUAUCUAAUUUAAAUAUGGCAUUUGACGUAGCAGAACGUAAACUUGAUAUUGCACGUUUACUCGAUGCUGAAGAUGUAAAUGUUUCUUGUCCAGACGAGAAAAGCAUAAUAACUUAUGUUUCUCUUUUCUAUCAUUGUUUUGCUAAAGAAAAAAGUGAAUUAACUGGGGCUAGAAGAGUUGCUAAAGUUGUUGGGGAAUUAGUUAAAUUAGAUUGUUUACAAGAAGAUUAUGAACAAUUAGCUGCUGAUUUGCUUUGUUGGAUACAUCAAAAAAUAAAUGAAUUGGCUGAUAGACAUUUCCCUAAUUUAUUAAUUUCUUUACGAGAAUUGCUUGCAACAUUUAGUUGUUUUAGAAAAGAAGAAAAACCUCCAAAAUAUAAAGAGAAAGGAGAAUUGGAAGCUCUUUUCUUUGCCAUUCAAACAAAAAGAAAUGCCGGUCGUCGGAAGUCAUAUAUUCCACCAGAAGGACUUGGAUUACAUGAUUUAGAAAGUGCUUGGACAGAAUUAGAAAAGGCUGAACAUGCACGGCAAGGUGCUUUAAUAAGUGAAUUACAACGACAGGAAAGGCUAGAACUUCGUGCCCAAUUAUUUCAUAAAAAGGCAGAUGUGAGGGAUGCUUGGCUACGGGAAAUGCAAUCAGUACUUAACCAAUUUGAAUGUCAACAAAAUUCACAAACAGUAGAGGCUGGACUUCGCCUUUUAAGAAAUAUUUCAGCAGAAUAUUUACCAAAAACUUCUCGUUUUGCUUUACUUUCAGAAUUAAGUAUUGAAUUACAAAGAGAAAAUUUCCAUGAUUUUGAAAAUAUUCGUUCAAGAGAGAGGGAUAUACUUUCACGUUGGAAUACAUUUUUGGCAAUAUUGGAACAGAAAGAACAAGAAUUGGGACGUUUAGGGGAAUUGAGUAAUUUAUUGGGUGAAUUGGAGGAAUUGAAGGAAGAAUUGACACAAAUGGGGAAAGAAUUGGGUAGACAACGAACACAGGAAAAUUGUAAGCAUUUGGCAGCAGUAGAUGAAUUAUUAAGAAGAUUAGAAUUAACAGAAAAUAAUAUUCGAGCUAAAAAGGAAUGGUUAAUACAAUUAAAUAAAAAAGCUAAACAAUAUGUAAAAACUGUUUCUUCAAAUAUCGGAGGAAAUGAACAACUUUUUGAAUGUUUAAAUGAAAGAGAACAACAAUUAAAUUAUUUACAAUCAGAAUUAAAACAACACAGAGCAGCAUUACAAAGAGCUAGAGAAUUCUUUCAAUUUAUUGCCCAUUGGGAAGAACAAAUAAGUUGGUUAACUGACCGUUUAUCUCUUUGUCAAUCAUUGUCAACUACUCGAGACCUUUCUAAUAUUGGCCAAUCUCAGAGAGCACAUAAAAGUUUGGAAGCAGAAAUGGCUGGGCAAUGGGAACGGACAAAACUUUUAAUUGGGGAUGGAGAACGUUUAAAUCAACCAGAAGAGGUACAUGGACGGUUGGAAAUACUUCAAAAAAAAUGGGAGGAAUUGCGAAUUGCAAAUAUUGCUUUACUUUCAUGGAUUAGAGAGGCAGAUAGAUUACAACAAUAUUUUCAAGACGCUAAUGAAACAGAAAGUUGGAUAAGGGAAAGAAUGCCUUUAGCUCAAUCAGAAGAUUUUGGGCGUGAUAUUAGUACAGCAGAAUGUCUUUGGAGAAGACAUCGUCAAUUGGAAAAAGAAAUAUUUAGUUAUGAAACAGAAAUUAAAAGAUUGGAUAUAUUAAGUAAUGAAUUGGCACAAACAAAAUUUAUUUUAGACGAAAAUAUUGUUGAGGGGGAAUUGGAAGAUAACGAAGAAGAAGAAAAUAAUGAAGAUGAGGAGGAAAUUGUUGUCCCUAAAAUUGUGGCUUUAUAUGCUUAUAAUGGAAAUAAUAAAAAUAAAAAUGGGGGAAAUAUUUUUGUUAGUCGAGGAGAGGAAUUAGCAUUAUUAGAUAAUUCUAAUAAAGAUUGGUGGAGAGUAUUGACACAAACAGGAAUGGAAGGAUAUUUACCGUCAAAUUAUUGUGAAUUAAUUAAUGAUGAAAAUGUAACAAUAAUGCAACCAAAAAUAAAUAAAAAAAGAAAAGAAAAAAUAAUUUCAUUGGAUGGCCCUUCAGCAAUAGAAAAAAGACAAAAUAAAUUAAAUUGUGAUUAUCAAAAUAUUAUUUGUUUGUCCCAAAAAAGGGGAAAAGCUUUGGGAGAAGCAACUAAUUUAUUUAAAUUCUUUGCUGAAUGCACUGAUUUUGAACAAUGGACAAAAAUUACAGGGCAGAAUUUACAAGAACCUUUAAAUCAAGAACAUUUACCCGCUAUUCAGAAAAAGUUUCAGAAAAUUCGAGAUGAAAUUAACAAUCAAGGUCAAGCCCAAUUUAGUCAACUUACCCAAAUGUCUGAACAAUUAAUUACUCAAUGCAAUAAUAUUAAUUCUUAUUCACACUCUCGUGUUGGAGAAGUUUUAAAGAGAAAAGAAAAAAUAAUUAAUCUUUGGUCACAACUUCAAUCCCUUUUAAACAAAAAAAUAGAAAAAUUAGAAUUUGCCCAAAAUCUGUGGAAUUUUAAUGAAAAAUGUGCAGAUACAAAGGAAUGGUUACAAGAAAAAGGAGAACAAAUGCCAGCACAACCAUCUUCUUCAAAGACACCAACUUCUGAUUUAAAAGCUUUACAAGCUGUUCAAAGAAGAUUACAAAACAUUGAAAGAGAUCUCCGUCCUCUCGCAGAUAGAAUGAAUACUUUAUGGACACAGGCAAACCAAAUUUCUGAGGAACAACCAGAACGAGCUGAAGAAGUUCAAGCAAAAGUACAGGCACUCGAGGCAAUGCAUGCUGAAUUGUUGGCACAAGCACGUGCCUGGAUUGAACAGGCAGAGCGUUCUCAAGGGCAACAAAUGUUUGAACAGGCAGCUAGGUAA